AAAUUCUUGUUCGUACACUGUAUUGUUUUGUAUUGAUUUGCAUAUUCGAUUUGUUCAAGGAGUGGUCAUUAAGAACGCUUAAUGCAUGGUGCAUGCGUUCCAAUUUUCAAUCCAAGAAGGCAAGAGCUGGCCAAGGGCCUUUCCCCAAUUCUUGUGUUGUUUACAUUUCAAUGUUUAGGCGACAUUCACAAAGUCAACCCAAUUGACUUGCUCAAAAGUAACCUGUCGCUAUUUUCAUUCAUUUGCAUUGUUUUUUACAUCUCUUGCUCUAAUCUAAAGCGCUAUCAUUUCUCCAUCACUGCUUGCUUCAUUGCCCAGUGAACCUCACAUCCGAUGGAAAGAAUCAGCACCAAACCACCUCGGCGAAUUUGCAAAUACGAUGUGUUCAUCAGUUUCAGAGGUGCCGACACCCGCAAUACCUUCGUUGAUCAUCUCUACAAUCACCUCAUCCGAAAAGGCAUCUUCACCUUCAAGGAUGACAAGACGCUGGAGCAAGGUCAACCCAUUUCAUCUCAGCUCAUGCAGGCAAUUAGGGAUUCACGGGUUUCCAUUGUUGUCUUCUCAAAGGAGUACCCCACCUCCACUUGGUGUUUAGACGAAAUGGCUGCUAUUGUUGACUGCCAGAGAGAGUUCAAUCAAGCUAUCUUGCCCGUUUUCUAUGAUGUGGAUCCUUCUCAUGUGCGCAAACAGAACGGUGUGUACCACGAUGCUUUUAUUUCCCAUUCACGGAGACAACAGCUAGCUAAGGUCCGUCGCUGGAAGAGUGCUAUGACGACUUUGGCAAAUUCUGUUGGUUGGGAUGUUAGAAAUAAGCCAGAGUUCAAAGAGGUUGAAAAUAUUGUUCAGAAAAUAGUGAAAACAUUGAAUCAUAAAUUCUCUGGGUUUGCUGAUGACUUGAUUGGGAUGCAACCUCGUGUGGAAGAAUUGGAAAAGCUUCUCAAGUUAAGAUCAGAAGAUGAUGGCUUUCGAGUUUUAGGAUUAUGGGGGAUGGGCGGUGUAGGAAAGACAACUCAUGCUACAGCCUUAUAUGAUAGAAUCUCUUAUCAAUUUGAUGCUUCUUGUUUUGUUGAGAAUGUGAGCAAACUUUACAAGGAUGGUGGUGCUAUGGCCAUACAAAAACAAAUUCUUCACGAAGCUUUGGAGGUAAAAAGAUUAGAUACUUACAGUCCUUCUGAGAUAUCUGGGAUUAUAAUAAAUAGGCUACACAGUAUAAAGAUCCUUGUUGUGUUGGACAAUGUUGAUCACCUAAAGCAAUUAGAAGAGUUGGCUAUCAAUCCUAAAUUACUUUGUGAAGGGAGUAGAAUGAUAAUAACCACCAGGGAUGAGCAUAUUUUAAAAGCGUAUGGAGCCGAUGAAGUUCACAAUGUUCCCCUGUUGAGUGAUAAAGAAGCUCAUGAGCUGUUUAGUAGAAAAGCCUUCAAGAGAGAGGGUCCAAGUAACAAUUGUGAGGAGCUGAUUCCUGAAGUACUUAAAUACGCUCAAAGACAUCCACUGACAAUUAGAGUGCUGGGUUCUUUCUUGUGUUCCCGCAAUGCUACCCAAUGGAAAGAUGCUUUGGAUAGAUUAAGGAAUAAUCUAGAAGACGAAAUUGCAAAUGUGCUUCGGAUAAGUUAUGAGGGGUUAAAAUUUGAGGAGAAAGAAAUAUUUCUGCACAUUGCUUGUUUUUUCAGAGGGGAGAGGGAGGAUUAUGUAAAGCGAAUACUAGAUUCUCUUGGAUUAUAUCCUCAUAUUGGAAUUUCAGUUAUUGCGGAGAAAUCACUCAUAACCAUUAGAAACCAAGAAAUUCAUAUGCACGAAAUGCUGCAAGAGUUGGGAAAGAAAAUUGUUCGGGAGAAAUAUCCUCAAGAACCUGGAUCAUGGAGUAGAUUAUGGAGUUACAAGGAUUUCCAUCAUGUCUUGAUGUCAGAAACGGGAACAAAUGAGAUUAAAGCCGUAGUGGUUGAUAUAAAAGAGGAUAUCAGCGAUUGCAAUCAGAUGGUUGAAGGGUUGUCCAAAAUGAAGGAUCUCAAGCUGCUCAUUGUACAUCAAAAGAACUACCAUUCAGAAAGUAGACUCAAAUCUCUUUCUAGUUGUAUUUUGCAUUAUCUUUCAUCGCAUGGUUACCCUUUCCCUUCUUUGCCAUCACUGUUUCACCCUUCAGAAAGUAAACUCAAAUGUCUUUCUAGUUGUCUGAAGUAUCUUUCAUGGCAUGGUUACCCUUUUCCUUCUUUGCCAUCAGUGUUUCACCCUUCAGAAAGUCUCGUUGAAAUGAAUUUGUCUGGUAGCAGUAUCCAAAGCCUAUGGGAAGGCCGCAAGACAUUUUUUCGCCUGACAAUAUUAGAUUUGAGCAACUCGAAAAAGCUUAUGGAAACGCCAAAUUUUGAAUGGUGCACAAGUCUUAAGCGAUUAAAUUUUUCAGGAUGCACAAACCUACAACAUGUUCACCCUUCAAUUGGCCUUCUUGCACGACUUGUCUACUUGAAUUUGCGGGAUUGUAGUAGUUUGGUUACCCUCUACUUUGGCGGUGAUGAAUGCAAGUUAAGUUCUCUCAUAGUUCUACAUCUCUCAGGCUGUACAAAAUUGAAAACUACGCCAGAUUUUUCAGGGCUCUUAAAUCUAGAAUAUCUUGAUCUUGAACAAUGUACAAGUUUGGCUAAAUUGCAUGAAUCUCUCUGGGCCCUUGGAAAACUUAGAUCUUUGAGUUUGAGAAGUUGUCUAGGGCUGAAGGAGGGACCCAAUGAUAUCAGUUGGAUGACAUCUCUUCAAACUCUAGAUUUUCAGGGGUGCUCAAACCUUUGGAAACUUCAGUUUAUUUUGAACAAAUAUGAAAGAUCCAAACUUCAUCAAACUCUUGGCAGGUCCAUCAUUUCUCCUCGGAUUUCGAAAGCUUUGACAUUUUUAGAUCUUGGCUUUUGCAAUCUAGGGAAAGUCCCUGUUGAUAUCGGAGAAUUAAAGGGGUUAGAAAGACUGAAUUUACAGGGUAACAAAUUCAAUAGUUUACCCAGUACCAUUGAGAGUCUUUCCAGCCUAGCAUAUUUGAACUUGGAGCAUUGCUUUAAUCUUUCUUCAUUGCCUACACUCCCAUUUGUCGAUAACUCAUCAGGAGGACGAUAUUUUAAAACAAUAUCUGGAUCAAGGAAUCAGGGUUCAGGACUAUAUAUGCUUUAUUCUCCCAUAGUUGAUAUACAGUGUUGUCUAAAUUGGGCAUUUGUCUGGCUAACAAGAUUAAUUAAGCAACCUUGUCAUUUCAGGUGUGGCUUUGACAUUGUUAUACCCGAGAGUAGUUUUCCAUGGUGGUUCAAUCGUUUAUUUGUGGGUGGAUUAACAAUAAGGAUAGUGGACUCUAAUAAUAUAGAUGACAAUUGGAUAGGCUUUACCUUUUGUGUAGCAUUUUGUGUAACCGAUCCUUCAGCGAUUACUGGUUCUUCUCAUAACCGGUUGUCCACAUCAUUGGCGAGUCCAUUUUAUCUUUCUUUUGAAAGUGAACAGGCAGAAGAAACCUUCUGUAUGCCAUGUCGUUUAGACUUCAAAGGUGGGUCCCAACCUCCUAAGACCCAAAACUUAGAACAUGUCUGGAUUAUCUAUAUUUCUCGGCCACACUGCCAUUUUGUGAAAACAGGAGCCAAUAUCACAUUUAAAGCCUGCCCAGGCAUUGAGAUGAGGAAAUGGGGACUGCGCAUGGUAUUCAAGCAAGAUAUAGAAAUAAUUCAAAGAAAAUCACAAUAUCAGCUGGAAUCCUCCAUGUUUGUGUAUCCGUCUGAAAUCCUACUUCAAGAUCAUGGGUUGGUUAUUGAGGAAGUGCCUGAAAGCAACAACAGUAGCAUUGGGCCUAAAAUCCAGCUUCCUUACAAUUGGUAUGUAACUGAUGAGGAGGAAAAGGAGAAUCUAGAAGCCAAAAGCAAAGAAAUUAAUCUCGCAAAUAUUGGCCUUUAAGUGAGGCCAACCAGACACACUUUACAGAACCAUCUUCCUUGAGCACAUAUGAAGAUUGAAGAAGCAAAACAUAGCGGGAACAAUGGAAACUCUGUUGUUUUAUUAUAAAUUUGAUGAGUCGUUCUUCGUAUUACUGUUAGGUUUGUGGCUAACCCUAGCUAGUCCAAUCAUAAAAAAAAUUGUAUGAGAAGUUGAGAACUCUGAAAACUUGAGUGUUCUUCUUAUUGUAUAUUUUGAUUGUGAAAAUUACCGAUUUGUUAUUAACUUA